AUGACCAAGUACGUCCUCACCGGCGCAGAUGGAAAUCUGGGCAAGAUUGCUGCCAGCCACGCCGUUGAGAUUGUUCAACCCGAGGACGAGCUAGUUCUCACAACAUACAAAGAAGAUGCCGUCCCUGCUGAGUUGCGCCAGUCUUGGAUAGACAAGGGUGCCAAGUUCGCUGUUGCCACCUAUGACGAUAUCGAGAGCCUCAAGGCUGUGUUUGAGGGAGCAGAGGCUAUCUCGUUCAUCUCCACAUGGCUCUUUGGCGAAGGCCGACGACGUCAGGCUCAGACUGUAGUUGACGCAGCAAAGGCAUGCGGCGUAAAGCGCGUCUGCUACACGUCAUUUGUCGGAGCCGGAAUUGAGGCCGAGAACGAAGAGGAUAUUCCCUUCUUGCCUCGAGACCACCACGCUAUCGAAAAGAUCAUUUACGCCUCUGGCCUGGACUACAGCAUACAGCGCAAUUACCUCUAUGUUGACAACAUUCCCACUCUUUUCGCCCCAUCAUUCAAGUUCUGCGGUGAGCGCUGGUUGACAAACACCCACGGUCAAGCUGGCGCCUACGUUGCCCGAGAGGAUUGCGGUCGCGUUCUGGCUUGCCUGUUGCUCGGCAAGGGAGAGCCCAACACUGUAUACGAAAUCACUGGCCCUGAGGCUGUCACAAACCAGGAAGUCUUUGACUGGAUGUCCAGCCAGACUGGUUAUAAGGGAGAGCUUGUGGACAUGCCGGACGACGAGCUCAAGCAGUGGUGGCUGGACCAUGGACUGCCAACCGACUUCUUUGGUGACUUUUCUCAGUUGCCCAUGAAGUUGUGCAUUGGCGAUUUGAUGUGCUGUGGCGAGAUGGUUGGCGAAGGCCACAUGGCCAAGACAACGGAUAAUGUUGAGAAGCUGACAGGCCGGAAGCCAGUCCCUUUCCGGGAGACCCUUCUUCAGUAUAAGGAUCUCUUCCCCAAGCCUGAAUAA